UCUAUAUAAUUAUUUUAUUUUUAUAAUUAAUCACUUUAAAAUUAUAAGUGAUCAAUUUAAUUGACUAAAUAUAUAAACCCGUCUCAUCAUACUCAUUUAAUAAUUUGUGAUUCUUCAAUAUUGAAGAUUUUGCCAAGAAGUUUCUAACAAAGUCUUCUUAUUUCCCCACUUCAAUUUUUCCUCAGUUGACAAAAAGUCUAAUUCGGAGUUCUAAACUCAUAUAAAUCCUUUUUAGUCUCCCAUUUUUUAAAAAUAUCUUCAUGGGUUGUGCUGCUUUUCUUACAAUUUUUUCUUUCUGGGUUUUGCUUUGGAUCUUCUGAAUUACAAGAAUUCCUUUCUGGGUUUUAUUCUUCUGUUAGAAAUCUCUUCUGGGUUAUUCUCUGUUUUAGUAAAAAUUAUUCUUUUUUCGUAAAAAUUCCAACUGAAACAAAGACAAGAUUCUCGUAAAAAGCGAAUAAAUGGGAGAAACGGCAAUAUCACCUCCAUCAGUAGACCCAACAGCUUCAAAAGUAGUCUCAAUUUCCACCCAAAUCAUGAUAGGAACCAUAAUUGUCCUGUUUUUUGUAGUAGCCUUUUGUUUAUUCCUCCAUUUAUAUGCAAAAUAUUAUUGGUCUAAUAUGAGUGAAGACCGAAGCAUACUCUCAUGGCGUCGCCAAUUAGCAAAUCAGCGCCCACGAACCUCGGUUCGGGGGCGCCAGCGUGGGCUAGACCCUGCAACACUUGGGUCCUUACCUAUUGUGGUAUAUAACCCAAAGGAUUUCAAAGAUGGGUUAGAAUGUGCAGUUUGUUUAAGUGAAGUAUUAGAAGGUGAAAAGACAAGGGUUUUACCAAAAUGUAAUCAUGGGUUUCAUGUAGAAUGUAUUGAUAUGUGGUUUAAGUCUCAUUCAACUUGCCCACUUUGUAGAGAUUCUGUGAUUUCUGAUGAUAAUACCGGCAAGAACGCUGUACACAUUGAAAAUACCGGUUAUUCUACAUCCGAAUCAGAUAAUUCGGAUGAUGAAAUUGAAAGUUCUAAUGAUUCUAUAAGGAGAACAAGGGAUAUAUUAGCAAUACAAUUUCCAACAAAUGUUUUGUAUUGGGGAAAUGAAACUCAAGUUAGCUCAUUUGGGCUAGGUUCAAAUACCGGUUCAGGGUCUGGGGCUGGUUCAGGGUCUGAUUCAUCGUCUUCUGAUGUUAAUACGUCGAAUGAUCAUGAGAUGGUUAUUGACAUACCGAAUGCUCAUGAGUUUUGUGAUGUUUGUUUGGAGGAGGCGAAAACACCGGUUUUGACAAGGUUGGUAUCAUUGAGGAAUUUGUUGAGUUUUGGAAGAAGAGUGGCUCCUGCACCUUCUCAAAAUGCACCGUCUAGCUCUAGUGAUGCUUCAUAGGGUAAGUCGAAGAAAAGAGAUGACUAGGUGCUGAAAAAGACAAUAUUUGCUUUAACUAAGAUAAAAUUCAUCUUUUAAAGUGUCCAUUACUUUUAAAUGUGUAUAUUUUUACCAAUUUUACAACAUUUAUUUAGUAAUUUGGGUGAUUGGAGGGUUUUACAUAAAGAUAAAAAACCCCAAACCCAUAUAGGUUUAUGAGUGAAAUUGAUUCUUUGAUUAUUAUUUUUAUGUUAAGGUAAUAUAUGUUGGUCUAAUCCGUAUAUGUAAUAUUGACAAAAAUAUGUUAAUUUGUUUACAACACUUACAAAUUUUAAUUGGCAAAUAAACAUGUAAAGUUGCAACUUGUAAAUAGUUUAGAAAGUUAGUUAGUCCAAUGAAUUCUUGGUGCUCAAACCAUGUUCGAGCAGUUUGUAUUAAGUUGAAAAACUAAAUUAACGUUGCUCGUUUGUAUUAAGAUGGAAAAUUGUCUUUUUUUUUCCUUUUAUUCUUAUGGUUAUACUAAUUAUUAUGUUCUACUUUUAUGAUAGAAAACUAUUGAUUUUUAAAUCGUGAUAUGAUUAUAUUUUCAUUCAUUUUAUUUAUUCAAAUAUUAAGGACGACCUAUC